UGAUACCUAAUAACAAUACUCUAUUAUAAUAGGGGUACUAUAGUCACUUACUACUCAUCAAUCCUCCCUAUAUAAAUAAGUGAAUACAUAUACACUCUCACUUCAUACACAUAUAUAAGAAUAAAUAUCAUACAUAUCUAUAAACUAUUUUUCUUCUCAAUACACUAUAAUAUGGCAACACUAAUUGCUAUGGACAAUGCUUCUCCAAUUGAAGACGCUGAAAUUCUUCACAAAGCUUGUAAAGGAUGGGGAACUGAUGAGAAGUUGAUCAUUAACAUAUUGGGCCAUAGAAAUGCAACCCAAAGGAAGCAAAUCAGAGAAGCUUAUGAGAGGCUCUAUGAAGAGGAUCUUAUCAAGCGCCUUGAGUCUGAGCUUUCCGGUGACUUUGAGAGAGCUGUGUACCGUUGGAUCCUUGACCCAGUAGACCGAGAUGCAGUUUUAGCCCACGUGGCGAUCAAAAAGUCAGAGGUGGAUUUCAAGGUUUUGAUUGAAAUUUCAUGCAUUUAUUCACCUGAAGAGCUUUUGGGUGUGAGAAGAGCUUACCAGAAUCGCUACAAACAUUCACUUGAGGAGGAUUUGGCUUCCCAUACCUCUGGUGAUCUCCGCAAGUUGUUGGUGGCUUUGGUGAGUGGUUAUCGAUACAAUGGGGUAGAGGUGAAUGCAAGGUUGGCAGAUUCAGAAGCUGACAUAGUUCACAAGGCAAUCAAAGACAACUGCUUCAACAAUGAUGAACUCAUUAGGAUUCUUACCACAAGGAGCAAACCCCAGCUCAAUGCCACCUUCAAUCGUUACAGAGAAGACCACAAAACUUCUAUUUCCAAGGAUUUGUUGGGUGAUUCUGGUAACAGUUUUCAGAAGGCACUUCAUACCACAGUUCGUUGCAUAACUGACCCCCACAAGUACUAUGCAAAGGUGUUGCGUGAUGGGGUGAAGAAGAUGGGCACUGAUGAGGACUCAGUGACACGUGUGAUAGUGACAAGAGCUGAAAAGGACUUGAAGGAGAUCAAAGAGGUUUACUACAAGAAGAACAGUAUUUCCCUUGAUGAUGCUAUUGCCAAAGACACUUCAGGGGAUUACAAAGACUUUCUCCUAGCUCUCCUUGGAAAACCAGACCAUUGUUAAUUAAUUUCUACAAACUAUAUUGUUAUGGCCUCUUUUUGGCUUUCCUCAUUUUCUUUCGUUUUGUAUUGUUGAGUCGAGAUCAGUACUUUGUUGUUACUUGCUGAGUUGAGUUGAGUACUCUGUUUUUCUUUGUGGUGUUGUGUUAUGGUUUUAUAAUAAUAAACUCAUUAGUGUUUCAAUUUUCAAUUAA